AUGGGCUGUGGCGCAAGCAGUACAAGGACAACUCCAGGGUUUCAAGCUGUCAUCGUGACUUUUUAUCUAGGUCAAAAAGAAAUAUUCGAUAAAAGUUUACAGAACUUUGAAUGACGAGCCAUUAGAUUUUUCUGUAACUUCUGAAUUUGAUGAGAUACCACUGCCAACACUUAUGAACAUAAUUUCGUUUGACAAGGAUACUGGCGAUAGCAUUGAUGCGAAUUUUAUGUCAAUCUAUGAUAAAGAAAAUGAUAAAUUUGAUUACGUUGUUCAAAGACUCCUGGGAAUUGAAGUUGAAAAUCUCAAAGAUCCAAUGAGCGGAAAUAUGUGGGUGCCUUACGUCAAAGGAAACAAACUUGACUGAAACAAAAUUUGCAAUGAUGAAUUUAAGGUAAAACCUGAAGAUGAAAUAGUGUGGCGAUUCCAAAAAUUUAAUGAAGAAGCUGAAAAUCAAGUAACUUCUCAGGGGUAA